AUGGCUUGUCUUUGGCUAGAUCAUAUUCAACUGCAAAUAAUCACACUAAGUAAUGGAGUAAGAGUUGCAACAAACCCAUCACCAGGGCAUUUUUCAGCUUUGGGUGUUUAUGUUGAUGCUGGUUCCAGGUAUGAGAAUGCAGAGAUGAAAGGGAUAAGUCACUUGGUGGAUAGAUUGGCAUUCAAAUCUACCCAAAACACCACUGGUACCAAAAUGUUAGAAACUUUAGAAUUAUUAGGUGGUAAUUAUCUAUGUGCAUCUUCCAGGGAAUCGUUAAUGUAUCAAGCGUCAGUUUUUAACAAAGAUGUUGAGAAAAUGUUCCAGUUAAUUGCUGAAACUGUGAAGAUUCCAAAAAUUACAGAAAGUGAAUUAUCAGAACAAAAAUUCACAGCAGAAUAUGAAGUUGAUGAGAUUUGGAUGAAACCGGAACUUAUCUUGCCAGAAUUAUUCCACUCAGCUGCCUACAGCGGUGAAACCUUGGGUAGCCCCUUAUUAUGUCCAAGAGAAAGAAUACCAUACAUCACAAGAAAUUCAAUUCAAAAAUAUCGUCAAAAAUUGUUCAACCCUGAAAGCAUAGUUGCCGCAUUUGUCGGUGUCCCACAUGAGCAAGCUGUUGAAUACGCUGAAAAAUACUUGGGUGAUAUGAAACAACUUCGUCCAAAAGUGACUCCAAAAGUUGCACAUUAUACUGGUGGUGAAGCUUCAUUGCCAUCUCUUCCUCCAAUGGGAAACAUGCCAGAAUUGGUCCAUCUACAUAUUGGUUAUGAAGGUCUUUCAUUUGAUGAUCCAGAUAUCUAUGCUUUAGCUACAUUACAAACAUUAUUAGGUGGUGGUGGUUCAUUCUCUGCUGGUGGUCCAGGUAAAGGGAUGUAUUCUAGAUUAUACACCCAAGUUUUAAACCAAUUUUACUACAUUGAAAGUUGUAUCGCAUUCAAUCACUCAUACACUGACUCUGGUCUAUUUGGUAUCUCAGCAUCUUGUAUCCCGGAAGCUGCACCAUAUUUGACAGAAGUUAUUGGAAAACAAUUAGCUCAAACAUUUACUACUGGCCAAGGCCAGUUGAAUGAUCGUGAAGUUGCUAGAGCUAAAAAUCAAUUGCGUUCCUCUUUAUUGAUGAACUUAGAAUCAAAGAUGGUUGAUUUAGAAGAUUUGGGACGUCAAGUUCAAGUUCGUGGUUAUAAAGUCCCUGUUCAAGAAAUGGUUGCAAAGAUUGAGAAUUUGACAACUGCUGAUAUAAAGAGAGUUGCAGAAAGAGUUUUAACCGGUAAGGCUAAUAACCCAGGUAAAGGCACUGGUCUUCCAACUGUUGUUGUUCAAGGUGAUAGAGAAAAGUUUGGAGAUAUUCAAGGCAAAUUAGAAGCUUUGGGACUUGGUGCUAACUCCAAUGGCACACCUGCUCCUGAACCUGCACCAAGAAAGGGAUGGUUUUAA